AUGUGAUAAGAGAACUGUACUAGUACUACAGAGAGUGAAGUGGCAGAAGUCAGGUAGCAGAAUGUAUGGACAAUAUCCAGGAGCUGGGAGAGGAUCAAAUAGGCAAACUUUCCAAAAUAGUGACCAGAGUGGAAACAAAGUUUCUGAUGGAGGAGACUAUAGUAACACAGGAAUGGGAGAGGAGCAGCCCGCAUACUCUAAUCAGCGUCAAGUAAAUCCACAGUCAGCUCCACAGACAUUUCAGGAGCCCCAGUACAAUGACGCCUAUGUGGUUAUUCCUCCAAAUCAAGCGAAGAGAGAGAGACUUCUAAAAAUAUCCAGUAAAGAAUUAGAGGAAUAUGAGCGCAUGAAGGAAGCUAGGAGGCCCGGGCCUGUAAGCCUCACUCCAAUGAAGCUUGGAGGAAGGACGUCAGAGUCAGAAGCAAGAUGGCAACAACAACAGAUGCAGUCUCAGUCCAAAUAUCAAAAAAUGCUCCAGAGAGAAGACUACAAAAGGAAAUUAAAAGAGGAGGAAGAAGUCAAGAUACAACAAAUGAAAGACAUUCAGCGACAAAAGGCUGAGAAACUAGAGGAAAAAAGGCGACAACAGGACAAGGAGAGACGGGAACGAUGGCAUGAAAGCAGGAGCAUAACAAAUAAUGAAUUUCUGGACCGACUGUCACAGCUUGAAAAUAACAGCAGAAAUCACAGUAGCAUUGAGAAGACCACAAGUGAAUGGGUUAAUGAACAAGACGAAGACUAUAUACUUCAGCAAGUACUGAAAGAGUCGAGGCAAAUGCACAAGGCAGAAGAAGAAGAGAGGCAGCGGAAAAUGAAGGAGAUGCAGCAUACACAGUCAAGGAGCCAUGCUGUUGCACAGGACCUGGACGAGGAAAUAUGUACAAUGCAACGUGUGCAGAUUGGAGAAAGUUCUAAGCCAUCGCUGCAGACUUAUAUGCAACAGCAAAAGGAAGAAGAAAGGCAGCUGAAGCAUAUUAAUGAACAGCAGAGUAAAAAGCCAACGCGGCAGACUUACCUACAACUGCAAAAGGCGGAAGAAGAAAGACGACUGAAGCAGCAUAAAGAUGAGCAGCGCAGAAAGAGUGAGUUGCUAGAACAGCAAGAUGAGGCAAGAAGACAGUCACAACAAGAAGACCGUAGGAGAGUAAACCGUGCAUUUUUGGAUAGACUUCAAAGACAAAAUACAAGUGCACAUGAUUAUUCCGGAGUGUCAAAUACAUGGACUUAACGUUCAUAACGUUCACUUGUGGAGAUUUCACAGCCAAAAAGAUCAACUGUCCAAAAAAUAUUCUGCACGCCUAUAUUUGUCAAACAGAAAUGAUCAACAAUUUACAUUACUUUUAAGUCAAUUAAAGACAAUAGAUUUCA